UCCCAUAAGAAGGUGGCUAUGGUGUACGAUGAACUGUGCCAUAGAUAUUGAUAAUCAGUCUCUUUGUCUCAUGUUGUGCCCAGUCUGGAGAGCUACUUGGCUGCUUUUCUGGACUGAGGGUGACUCUCCGUUCCGUUUUCCAGUGCGGAUGCCCAAUUGCCGCUCCUUGUUCAAACGGGCGGGCGGGGGGCUAUGCAGUAUGUAUGUAUGCAGGAUGCUUGUAAACCCUGCCGUUUCGACCCCGGAACUCGCCCGAUUGCCAGCUGAUGACUUCCAAAGGACUUCCCUCACUUCCUACAUAAACAAUCUGCUUCAAAACCACUACCAGCAUGUUUUCACCAGCAGCCCGGCCGAUAUGUCGUCUCAGUCAUUCACUAUGCAUGAGGAAGCCGUCUGGGUCAUUGGAUAUCACCCACUUCAGUUCAACCAUUCACCACCCCUUUUCAACUUGCCAUCGCAAUCUAAGCCAAUCAGCCAAUACAUCGGGUAUCGAGGCUUCUAAUCUGGUGAUCAAGACUACUGAGGCACCAAGAACCAAAUUACCAGCAUCAGAAUUAAAGUUUGGCCAAACGUUCACCGAUCAUAUGUUAAUAGUCAAGUGGACCAGACAAGAUGGAUGGAAAGCACCCGAAAUCAAGCCCUACGGAAAUCUGGAAAUCGAUCCCUCCGCGUCUGUUCUUCAAUAUGCUACGUGUUUGUUCGAGGGUAUGAAGGCUUAUAAAUCCAACGAUGGCAAGAUCCGUCUCUUUCGCCCUGAAAUGAACAUGAAACGAAUGAAUCAGAGUGCUCGACGUUUGGCAUUUCCAAGUUUUGAAGGAGAACAAUUACUAGAAUUGAUAAAAAAAUUAGUCAAAUUGGAAGGAGAAUGGAUUCCGACCGAAGCUGGACAUUCACUAUACAUUCGACCAACAAUCAUCGGGACAGGGGCUGGUUUAGGAGUGGGGCCACCGACAGAACUGACCUUAUUUGUGAUUUGCUCACCCGUCGGACCAUACUAUCGAACUGGAUUCAAACCGGUCUCCUUACUUGCUAGCUCCAAGUACUGCCGAGCUUGGCCUGGUGGAUCUGGCGCUUUCAAACUGGGAGCGAAUUAUCCAACUGGCUUUUUACCUCAGAUGGAGGCUAAUAGUGACGGCUUUGAACAAAUCCUUUGGCUAUUCGGAGAGAAUGAUAACCUCACUGAAGUCGGGACCAUGAAUUUGUUCGUUGCACUAGAAGACAAAUCAGGAACGAUAGAACUAGUAACCCCGCCCUUGGACGAUAAAAUUCUACCAGGAGUCACACGGUGUUCAGUUUUGGAACUAUUGAGAAGUCACUUGGACGGAUCUCAACGUCUAGACGGUCUACCUCCGAAGUUCAAGUUAUCUGAACGACCUAUCACGAUGAUCGAGAUGCUCGAAAAAUCGAAGACGGGGCACCUCAAAGAGGUUUUUGGCACAGGGACUGCUGCUAUUGUUUCGUCUGUUGAAAGAAUUGGCUACAAAGGGAAAGAUAUACAUGUACCAGUGGGACCUGGCGGGUUGGGCGUAUUUGCGAACGUUGUUCAGCGUGAAAUCUUAGGACGACAGACUGGUGAAAUUCCCAGUGAUUGGGCUGUAGUUGUUUAAAUGUUAUUAUCCGAUCCUUAUCAAAUGUUUGUGAAACAUAUUCGUCAAGAGGCCCUCCUCAGCUUUUUCUUGCUCUAAUGUAGGCACACAGGCUCAGCCAAUCUAUCCAAUAGUCAACCAACUCGAAGUCAAGUGAAUUGCUUUGUGUAUGGAUACGCUACCAAUGGAAAACCAAACAUCUCCAUCCUCAUUCUUUUAACUUGUCUGGGUUGUGCAUCCAAGGUGUUGGUAAUCUUUCAUACAUUACAGAUUUUAGCCCCACAAGCUCUGUAGUUUGUCAGUUUUUUUGCCGAUUAUUUCUCUUUCUACUAAAAAAUAUGUAUGAGAUAAAGCAAAAGGGAAUGGCGCAUUGGAAGCCACCUUGAAAACAGAUGAGUGUCUCAUUUGGAGUUUCCAAACUGUUAUCUAUGUCAACUAUCAGAAAGCGAUUUGCGACGUG